AUGGUGGGAAGGAAGACUUCGGCUUUUCUAGCUAUUGCCAUUGUAUCUGGAGCUGUGCUUGUGUGCCAGGGGGUGCGGACAUGGAGAAGAAACAGGAGAGAAAGGAAUAUACGGGAGUACAUGGAGAGGGGGCUUUUGUUGUUGAAAGAGAAGGUGUAUGGCGAGGCAGCACUCUCAUACCUGAAGUGCCUGAGUUUAAUGGAGGAAGAGGACGGGAGGCUUGUCAGUGUCUACAACAACCUUGCGAUAUGCCUUGCAAAGGUCAGGGCCUACAAGGAAGCUGCUCUUUAUGCUGAAAGAUCUCUCAAGAUAAAUAUACUUGAUAAUGAGAAGGCAUUGAGGCUGAGAUACGAAUGUCACAAGGCCUUGGAUAUGAGGAGAGAAACACUUUGUGACGCCUUUCUAUGUGGACUUGUGACAAAAGACGAGAAGUAUAGAAAACUUGCACAAGAGAUUCUGAAGCUAGAGGCCGAGGGAGAGGCAAAGAAGAUGGCUGGUGUAAAGGAGGCAAGUCCAUCUAGUAUUUCUUAUGAGAAUUUUUUUGGGACAUUUCCUGAUCUGUUUGGAAAUGAAUCUUUUGUUAAUGAUGAGCUUGUCAGGCUGGUCCGGAGUGGAAAGUACGACGAGGCUUUUGAGAAAGCAGAGAAAAGAGAUGAUAGCAUAUCAAAGUUUGUGGCUGCUGGUGUGAUCCAUGUGAGAGGAAAGGAUCUGUCCUCGAUUUCAUUACUUGAGCACGAGAAGAUGAUUUUUUCUAUCUGUCUUAGAGAGUAUCUUAAGUCUUUACACGGGCACACACCUAUGGACAUAGAAGACUUUGUAUUGAAGAACAGUAAGAGCGUGUCUGUUCUAUUCUAUGCAUCGAAGAUCCAUCUCAAUCUCAAGAAUCAUGAGCUGUAUGAGAAGUUUAUUGAUAUGGCUAUGGAGUGUGAGGAGCAUGACUUUCUAUAUGUGGACAGGAUAAUCUAUGAGGUUGGACAUGGAAGGAAUGAAAGGGCACAAGAAUUCCUGAACAAGGCUCUUGAAAGCCACCCACUGAGUAUUCAUGUCCUAUCGAUUGCUUGUGAAUACUACCUAAGAUGCAAAGACAUGACAAGACUGGAAACAACGAUGUCGAACUUUGAGAAGUACUACCAUGAGGAUCCUCGGUUUUUGCUGUUCAAAGGGAUAGUUGCACAGGCAAGAAAUGAGGUUUCGGAUGCAGAGAGAUACUUCCGACUUGCCAUUGAAGCAGAUUCAAAGUUCUUUAAGCCAUAUGUGUAUCUGGGAGGAAUUCUUCUUGGAAGAAACGACAAGAGCUGCAGGGAGGUGUAUGAAGAAGCCCUGAAAUGUGCAGCAAGUUAUGAUGAGUUGUUUCUUGUUGAACAGGCCCUCAUCCUUAUUGAUGUACAGGAGAAGAUAAUAAGGAUAUAUCCGGAUGUUCUUAAGGCCUUUUGA